AUGUUCUGCAUCCAAGAACCCGAUCCCCACAAAGAUCCGUUCUCAGAAACAGAUCCACUAAGCAGCACUGUCGUCUCUGAGUCCAGUGACGAUGAGCCAUCAUCGAAACGCCUCAAAACCUCCUACACAUCGCCCGGAAUCAAUCUGAAAGUCUACCAAAUACCAGCAUUUACCAACAAAUCAUUAACUAUAUACCCUUCACCACCUACCUCGCUACCGCAGUUCGUCGGCAAUCCAUUAAAUCUAGCCAAUCCGUUAACUUUAACCAAUAACUUAAAUAACCAUGCGAAUAACAUUGUGAAGAAUUUACAAAAUCGGUAUUCCUUACCGGCUAAAUUGACUAUAACUCCGAUACAGAGUCCUAAACCUGCAGUGACGAAUACAGGUGAGGUUAUUCGGUAUAAGAAAAAUGGAGAGGUAGCAAAGAAAAGGGGACCACCUAAAGGGUACAAGAGAAAGCCGAAGGACUUGUCUCAGAGUUUCUCUAAUGGAGCUUUAUUACAGGCCCAGAACACAAUUUUGACGAGUCUUCUAGCAGCAUCUAACACCACAAUAACCUCAACCAACACCAUUCCAACCACAUCAACCAAUUUGACUGCUCUGACCACACUGCCCACGUUGCCACAGCAGUUGACUGUUGUACCACAGAUCACAGUGCCUGAAGGCGUCGAGCUCGUAGAACUCCUUCUCGAUCCUGAAGACUGGUUUCCUUCCGAGCCUUACAAGAUGGUGUUUAGUCGCAAGAAGAAUCCCAAGUGGAAGAACUUCCCGUAUCGAUGUGAACAUUGCUUUAAGGGUUACCGCGUAGUGUCGACCCUGCUGCAACACGCUGCAGAGCGCCACGGCUCCGUGCCCAAGGAGCUGGCCUUCCCCUGUCCCUGCUGCCCGCACGUGUCCACCCGGCGCAAGCACCACAAGAAACAUCUCGAGACUCACGAGGGACGGCGGCACAGGAUAUUCUGCCUUUACUGUCUACCGCCACCUGACUUCUCGGAGCCCUACGUAAAAGAAUCCAUCAAAUACUCGUUCGAUAAAUUUCCACAAUACUGGUACGCUUCAGAAGAAUCGCUACGACUUCACAAAAAGAGAAAACACCCUUACUCGGGCAUGUAUAAUUACAACUGGUUCGGCACAUGGGGUGAAAAUUUACCCAACAGCUAAUGGUAAGUAGUAUUUUGGUAGGAUUUUGAAAUUUGAAGCUGGUAACACUGGAAUUGAUUUAAAAAGAUGCGAACGUAAUUUCAACUGGUGAUCGUAGUUGUCGCAAAAAACUUGAGAAAAAUAUUUAAAUUCGGAACGUUCAUUGGUCAACAGCCAGCAAAAUUAAAUUUACUCAUGUCUUCUGCUAGGCUCUUGAGCUUUGGAAAUUCAAAGAAGCACAACUGCUCCUGCAUUUGACGUAAUUAAAGGGAGAUCUACUAAUUGUCCUAACCUGUAACACCUUACAUCG